CCCUGAAGACCCAAAAGUAAUUUGAUCUACAUCUACUGAUCCUUCUCUUUGCUGCCCAUUCUGCCCCCUGCUGACCUCCCUAAGGAUGGCCUCGUUAAAGCUGAUAUGGAGAAAUUGACCUUUUAUGCUGUGUCUGCUCCAGAGAAGCUGGAUCGCAUAGGUGCCUAUUUAGCAGAAAGGCUGAGCAGGGAUGUUGUCAGACAUCGUUCUGGGUAUGUUUUAAUUGCUAUGGAGGCUUUGGACCAACUUCUUAUGGCCUGCCACUCUCAAAGCAUCAAGCCAUUUGUAGAAAGCUUUCUUCAUAUGGUAGCAAAGCUACUGGAAUCAGGGGAACCAAAGCUUCAAGUUCUUGGGACAAAUUCUUUUGUCAAAUUUGCAAAUAUUGAAGAAGAUACACCAUCCUAUCACAGACGAUAUGACUUCUUUGUAUCUCGAUUCAGUGCCAUGUGUCAUUCCUGUCACAGUGACCCCGAAAUACGAACAGAAAUCCGAAUUGCUGGAAUAAGAGGAAUUCAAGGUGUGGUUCGCAAAACAGUUAACGAUGAGCUUCGCGCUACCAUUUGGGAACCUCAGCAUAUGGACAAGAUUGUUCCAUCCCUCCUGUUUAACAUGCAGAAGACUGAGGAAGCUGACAGUCGCCUAGGCCCUCCUUCUUCUCCUUCCGCAGCUGAAAAAGAAGAGAAUCCUGCUGUGCUGGCUGAGAACUGCUUUAGAGAACUGCUGGGGCGAGCAACUUUUGGAAAUAUGAAUAAUGCUGUUAGACCAGUUUUUGCGCAUUUAGAUCAUCACAAAUUAUGGGAUCCUAAUGAAUUUGCAGUUCAUUGCUUUAAAAUCAUAAUGUAUUCUAUUCAGGCUCAGUAUUCUCACCAUGUCAUCCAGGAGAUUCUUGGACACCUUGAUGCUCGUAAGAAAGACUCUCCACGGGUUCGUGCAGGUAUCAUUCAGGUUCUGUUAGAAGCUGUUGCCAUUGCUGCUAAAGGUUCCAUAGGGCCCACAGUGCUGGAAGUCUUCAAUACCUUACUCAAGCACCUGCGUCUUAGUGUUGAAUUUGAAGCCAGUGAUUCACACAGGGGAUCUGUAGGCAGUGUCACCUUAAGUUCCAAAGACAAUGAUGAGAAGAUUGUGCAGAAUGCUAUCAUCCAAACAAUAGGAUUUUUUGGAAGUAACCUACCAGAUUAUCAGAGGUCAGAAAUCAUGAUGUUCAUUAUGGGCAAAGUACCUGUAUUUGGAACAUCUACUCAUACUUUGGAUAUCAGCCAACUAGGAGAUUUGGGAACUAGGAGGAUCCAAAUAAUGUUGCUGAGAUCUUUGCUUAUGGUAACCUCUGGAUACAAAGCCAAGACAAUUGUGACUGCACUGCCAGGGUCUUUUCUGGACCCUCUGUUAUCCCCGUCUCUCAUGGAAGAUUAUGAACUGCGGCAGUUAGUCUUGGAAGUAAUGCACAACCUCAUGGACCGCCAUGACAACAGGGCAAAGCUUCGAGGCAUCAGAAUAAUACCAGAUGUAGCUGAUCUGAAAAUAAAAAGAGAAAAAAUUUGUAGGCAAGACACAAGUUUCAUGAAAAAGAAUGGCCAACAGCUAUAUCGGCACAUAUAUUUGGGGUGUAAAGAAGAAGACAAUGUUCAAAAAAACUAUGAACUACUAUAUACUUCUCUUGCUCUUAUAACUAUUGAAUUAGCCAAUGAAGAGGUAGUUAUUGACCUUAUCCGAUUGGCCAUUGCUUUACAGGACAGUGCGAUUAUCAAUGAGGAUAAUUUGCCCAUGUUCCAUCGGUGUGGAAUUAUGGCACUGGUUGCCGCUUAUCUCAACUUCGUAAGUCAGAUGAUAGCUGUUCCUGCAUUUUGCCAGCACAUUAGCAAGGUUAUUGAAAUUAGAACUAUGGAAGCUCCUUAUUUUCUCCCAGAGCAUAUUUUCAGAGAUAAGUGCAUGCUUCCAAAGUCUUUAGAAAAGCAUGACAAAAAUUUGUACUUCCUGACCAACAAGAUUGCAGAGUCCCUAGGUGGAAGUGGGUAUAGUGUUGAGAAACUCUCAGUACCCUAUGUGCCGCAAGUAACAGAUGAAGAUCGUAUUUCUAGAAGGAAAAGUAUUGUGGAUACUGUAUCAAUUCAAGUGGAUAUUUUAUCUAACAGCAUUCCUUCUGAUGAUGUGGUUAGUAACACGGAAGAAAUCACCUUUGAGGCACUGAAGAAAGCAAUUGACACCAAUGGAAUGGAAGAACAGGAAAAGGAAAAGAGACGACUUGUAAUAGAGAAGUUCCAGAAAGCACCAUUUGAAGAAAUAGCAGCACAGUGUGAAUCCAAAGCAAAUUUGCUUCAUGAUAGACUUGCUCAGAUCUUGGAACUCACCAUACGUCCUCCUCCCAGUCCAUCAGGAACACUGACCAUUACUUCUGGGCAUGCCCAGUACCAGUCUGUCCCAGUCUAUGAGAUGAAGUUUCCAGACCUCUGUGUGUACUGAGUGAAGACCUCAGCAUAGGAUUUUAAAGCCUAAAACUUAAGGCCCAGCUGAAUUUUUAGGGUUUACUUAAUGCUUGUAAUCAUACUUCUGGAAAAUGACAGUGGAAUUUAUCUGUAACCAAGCGUUUGGCACACUGUAGCAGAAGUUUGGGAACCAUAUAUUAUUUAGAGUAGCUUUGAAGAUAGAUUAAUACCAUGUGAAUUUGUCUUGAGGUUCCUGUUAGCUUCUAAAGCUGAACAUGUAUUGGUCUCACAUAAUUCCACUGUUAAACAGUAUAUUUUCAACUUUUCACAAACAUGUAUUUUUUUAAAAAAAGAAAAGAAUUGAAGAUGUAUAAUGUGUCUAUUAUUUCUUAAACCACUGCACAACUGCUUAGAAGUAGAAUUGCUUUGUUUCUGGUUAUCUGCAAAAGUAAGUGUACUCCUCCCUCUCCGGAGGUUGCCUGCCGAACCGUUCCCGUGCGGCUUCCUGUGCUCAUGCUGCAGCACACCUGCAGCCACUUGCUGUAACCACAUGCAAUAGGUAUUCCUCAGCUGCUGUGUGGUGGUAACACAUCUAUUGAAUACUAGUGCUAGGUUAUGACCCUGAAAAUCGCCAUAUUUUAAAAUUGUCUGGUUCUUGUAACACUGUGUUUUCUGUCAAGUUCAACUGCUUAGAGCUUACUUUUUGGAGUACCGAACUGUGCAAUAUUUUUUACAUCAUAAGAUGUAUAGUUUACAGGCUGUGUUUUGAACCUAUAGUCGUAUUUUGCCCUGGCUUUAUUAAUUGAAUGAAACAUAUAUUUAGAAUAGAAAAGAAAGACUUAAAAUAGCUACUAGUUCACCUGUGAGGAGUCUAUACAUUUCAGUUUCUAAGAGCACAUAAUUUACAUUUUUAUAUUGUGCAUUCCUUUUACUCUUCAUAGUCAGAAAUUUCCCAGAGUGGAUCUUAAUUUGUGAAAUUUGAACAGAAACUUGGGCACAUCUCUGUUUAGGGUAAAUUGCAUUAUUUCCUAACAGUUCCUGUGUCUCAGCAGUCAAAUGCUGAGGUGUGUCAGUGUGAGCUGCUCCCAAACACAGGGCCAGCUGCAUUCUUAACACUUCAGUGAAUUCUUCACAGGGUAAAAAUGAACAGCUUUCUUUGCAGUUCUCAGAAAGUUCUCUUAGGAUGUUUUUAUAAAAUCACCUUAGUUUUACCUUCUCAGGUUCUUUUUUUUAAAAAAAAGUUUUUUUAACGCAUUUAAAGUUGUUCGAAAAAUUCAAUUUUGUCUUUUGUUUUUGUUUGAAAAAUUGCAGCAAAAAAUGAGAUUUGUUAAGUUGUGUUUAUGGUUUUGGGCACUGUUAGUAAAAUAGAAAAUAAAUAAGGACAUGAUAAUGCUAAAUAUCCACAAAAAAUUUUGAAUCUUGAAAUUGAAGUGUAACAUCUUGAAAGAGUCUAGUCGUUUAAAUGGGCAACAUAGAUACUGAAAGGUCUGGUGCUGCUGGUUAAGUGCAGAUAAACCAGACCUUACUUUCCAAGUGACAGGCAGUUAUUCCUGGAGUACUGCAUGGCCCUGCACAGGCCCUGCAUGGCCCUGUCACGUGACUCCCCCUCCUAACAGGUAAAGCAUAUCACCACUUACUCAGUGAAGUCUUACAUUUUUUUUUAUUUCUCUUCUUUACAUUUGUAAGUUAGAAUAUUAAUUUUUGACUGCAUUUAAGAUAUAAGCAGGGGGACAUGCAAAAACAAUCAUCAUCCACUUGGAUGUCAUUUUAUAAAUUAACACUGUGUGGUUUUGUAUGGAAGAAAUAUAUAUAUAUAUAAAUAUAAUUUAAUAGUGUAAGAAAAAUAUAUAUUCAUUUGCACUCAUGUGAAACCAAACUAUUCUACAAAAUUUUGUGUUUCUCAGUGAUAUUAAAAAUGCAUGUGUUGCAUGUAAAGGAAAACCAUCUCAAUUAUUGUUGGCCAUAGUUCUCUCUUGGGUUUUGUAAACUGUUAUUUGUUGGGGAGGUUUAAUUGUUGUUAUUUUUAAAUCACUGUAGACUUCUAUAUAACCUAGGUCUAGUAGCCUGAACUGGCCUUGUUGACAAGGAUUCCCAAGAAAUAGCUCUUCUCUCUGGCGGACCUCCCAUGUCUCAGGAGGCAUUGCAGGGGGCAGGUGUGUACGCUGCAAGGUAGCUGGUUCAGAUACUGCAACUUCGGGAUUUGUUGAAGUUCUUGUGUAGCUAUACUUUGAUAGAUUAUAGAACGAAUUAAAUAGUUCUUCAUUCAUUCUCUGCUUUUCAUAGUCACUUAUAUUAUUCUUUUGCAUGACCUUGAACCAUUCAUGUGUGUUCUUACUGGGCUUGUGUUGUCUGUAGCUGCUCAGAGUUCAAUUGUAUUUUACAUGAAUAUAUUCACACUUCAUAUUUUUUAACCAGCAGAUAACUUCCCCCCUCCCCAAAAGGUUUUUUUUCCUCAUCCUUGAGAAUAUUACUUAUUUGUCUGAUUCAUGCUGAUAUAUGUGUUAAUGUAAUGAAGUAAGUUUUUUUAAUGUAAAAAUUCACUGUGCAAUCAUAUGUAAGCAAUAAAAUGAAACUGAGUUACUUGUAUAUAAGUACA